AUGAACAUUUGGCAACGUGGGAAUGGACAAAGUUAUGGUGAAUUUGAUCCCCAUAACUACUGGGGAGAAGUAGAAGACCUCCUUGCAGUCAUUCAAUAUUUUACCACGAUCGGGCGAAAAGUUACCGCGAUCAUUGGUCACAGUAAAGGAGCGAAUGUCGUAUUGCUAUAUGCAUCUAAAUAUCAUGAUGUUCGGAUGGUGAUAAACGUAUCUGCACGUUUCAAUUUGAAGGAAGGUAUGGAAGAGCGAUGGGGUAAAAAUUUCAUGGAAGCAUUGGAACGAGAUGGUUAUAUUGACGUCCCAAGGAAGAAAAAAGAUAAAGUUGAAGUUGACUAUCGCGUGACGUUACAAAGUGUCCAGGAUGGACUCGCCAUAAAUAUGGAGAAAUCGUGCUCUAAGAUUGAACGAAAUUACAAGGUAUUGAUCGUCCACGGUUCUGAAGACAAAAUUGUACCGCUUCAAGAUGCGUUGCGAUUUGAGGAAACCGUGCGGAAUCACGUUACUCAUAUCAUUGAAGGGGCAAGUCAUUGUUACAACCAUCAUAAAGAUGAAUGCUCUCCGCUAUUCUCUCUUUUCUGA